GGGCCGAGAAGUGCUCGAGGAGUUCGGCAUGGUGUCGGCCGUGGCGGUUCGCUCCAAGUCCGUCAUUAGUGACAUGUAUGUGGCUUUGGCGGGGCUGGUCGGAGGCGAGGCGGCGUCGUACACGUCGCUCAUGAACGAGACGAUGGCGGAGGCGGUGCACCGAGUGCAGUACGCGGCCAGAGCUCAAGGUGCCACGGCGGUGAUCAACGUGCGGUUCGACUCGAACACGACCAUGAACCGCCUGGUGUUCGGCAUGCACUGCUCCGUGAUCUGCUACGGCACGGCGGUGAGGUGCCGUCCCAUGAAAGCAGCGGUCCCGGUGUCGUCGCCAUUCGUGCCGACGGAGAGCAAGCCGUGA